AUGGUACAGACACGAGCGCAGGCUGCGGCAGCAGCGUCUCCUCGAGAACCUUCUCCGUCUCCGGCGCGGGGCGGAAGAAAAGCUCUGCCUCCUGCUUCAGGUGUACAAACAGAGCGUGUCCAUCCAGUGCGGAAGGCCGCGCCAAAGACGCCGGCCGGACGCCCGCGUCGCACCUCGCCUCCGCGAGAGAAGGAAGCGAAGGAACACGCCGCCCGCGGAAGAAAGGAAUCCCCGGAAGAGGUUGAACAGCGCGUGUCUCCCGAGACGAGGCAGGGAGAAGGCCUAAGAAGAGAGAAUCGCAAGUCGUGCGGGAGCCCUCUGCUGGCAGCAGAAGGGACAACAGAGGAAGGUCGAGGCGCGGAGCGGGGCCGGAAGGAGACGGACGGCGAGGGAGCGCCCGCCGAAGGUCUCAUUGGAAAGAAGGCCGCGCGACACGCGAAGAGAAAGCAGAACGAAGGUGGCGACUCGCAAGAAGAAGAAGCAAGCAAGUUUUGGUCUGUCCUUUCUUUCCCUGUUCAGCUCGGAGGGAAAGGCAACAAGCAGCUCUCCUCGCUUGCGUCUCAGUGCGAUGCCUCCGUCUCGACCGUCGCAACGCUCGGCUCCUCGAGAGCUUCGCCUUCGUCGAUUUCUUCUCUUUUCGCCACUCAGACGGGAGUCUCUUCGAAAGGAAACACAGACUCCGACAGUGAGAAAGCACCGCUGGUCGCCUCCCCCAACCACACGAUUCGUGCUCCGUUCCCUUCUCUCUCUCCUCCCUCUUCUCUCUCUCGCUCUUCUCUCUCUUCGUCCUUCGCUUCGACGUGGUGUCGGACCGCCUCUCUGUUUGCGUCGUCCUCUCGCCCGUCUUCCUCUUCGCGGCUUUCUCGGCUCCAUCUCCAGCAGUUCAUCCUGACUUUCUUCUGCUACAGUGCGCUGUACCUGACUCGCAAACCCUUCGCCUCGGCGCGGGCCACGCUGCAGCGCGAGUUGCGCCUCUCGACCGCAGACAUGGGCUGUAUCGACACCGCCUUCCUUUCAACGUACGCUUUCACGCAGCUUCUGCUCGCUGCGCCCGUGGCUGCUCGAUUCGCCCACACUCUCAGAACCUUCUUCCUCCUCGCGUACGCGCUCUCCAGUUUCUCCUGCCUCUUUGUCGCCUUCGCCCCGCCGCCGCUCCUGCGCCUCCCCGCGCUCCUGCUCGCCUGGGCCGUGAACGGCGCGGCUCAGGCGCUCGUCUUCCCCUUCCUCGUCUCCAUCCUGCGGCAGUGGCUGAGUCGCCUGCCCCGCGGAGGCGGCGGCGCUUUCGGGGUGUGGUCGACUUGUCAGCAAGCGGGCAGCAUGGCUGCGUCGUACGUCGCGGCAGAGCUCCUGUCUUCGUCUUCGUUGCUUCUGCUGCCGCUCCCCGAGCCGCGCGCGCCGUGGCGCCUCGUCUUCUUGGUGCCUGGCCUCUGCGUGCUUCUCUCGGGGGGGAUGCUCUUCUUCUUCCUCAUCGAGAACCCCGCCGCCCGCUUCGCGGAGCUCGAAGCCGAGCGAGAAGAAGAGAAGGAGAACGGCGAACGCCCAGUGGGGCCCAAGGCGGCCCGCGCCGAACUGCAUGCAGCAGGAAGCGAGUCGAGAACAGCAGGCGAGAUGCGGAAACGGCGCGGAGAGGCCGAGAGACAGGUUGAAGAUAGAGAGAGCGGAACGAAGCUGGGGACGUGCAGCGACGCGGGGACCAUUUCGAGAAAAGAAAGCGAACCAAAAGAAGCUCCCGCUGUCUCUGCUGGCCAGCUGCUCUGGACCGCAGCAAAAGUCCGCGGUGUCGGCGAACUGUGUGGCGCAUACUUUUGCAUGAAGCUCGUGCGGUACCUUCUGAUCAACUGGCUGCCGCUGUUCCUCCAAACGCACCUUCUCCUCUCUCCGCUGCAAGCAACUUGGGGAUCGAUUCUCUUCGAAGCCGGCGGCGUCGCGGGAGCUGUGCUUGUCGGCGUCCUCUCCGAUCGUCUUUGCUCGGGCCGUCGAUUCGUGGUCAUCACCCCGCUGUGUUUGCUGGCAGCAUGCUGCGCGCUGCUUCUCGCCGAGCGGGAUCCCAACACCCCGAGUCAACUGUCUGUACAGCUGCGGGUGUUGCUGUUUCUCCUCGGCUCCUGCGUCGCGGGUCCAGAUAGCGUUUUAGGCGGAAUGGCUGCUGCCGAUGUCUGCGCUGAAGAGGCAAAGCGGACGAAAAAGGACCAUGAAGAAGGAAACGAGCCGCGGGAGCAAGACAAGCAGCAACUGGUCGCCACAGCCUCGUGCCUCGUCAAUGGCAGCGGCAGCAUUGGAUCGAUUCUGCAAGGCACCCUGACGCCUCUCAUCGUCGCUCACUACGGGUGA